ACCUUAGGCGGGCUUAUAAGCUGCACCACACACAAUCGGAAGAUAUGGAGCCUGUAACACUGGUAGAAAAGGUCAUAAUCAUCCCGGCUACACCGACGAAACGUUGGCAUCUCUUCCUAUCUAACAUAGACCUCACACUCAUCACAUAUCUGGAGACCAUAACGUUCUUCGGGCCACCACCAGCCCACCUUACAUUCUCCGAUGUGUUUCAUAACUUAUGUAGCUCACUUCGCCGGCUCCUUGUUUCCUAUAACUUUGUGGCCGGACGGCUCGAAUUGUCUAAGGAGAAUAGCCGGCUAGAUAUUGACUGUAAUGAUGCCGGGAUGAUCGUUGUUGCGGCGUCAACCACUAAUGAGAUGGACCUGAUGGGCCAGCUGAGGACACCCAAGCCCACUUACAAGGACCUACUAAAGUUCUUGCAAGAUGAAGGACCAGAACUCCGAGAUCAGCCGCUCAUGUCUUUCCAGCUGACCCGGUUCCAAUGCGGAGGUCUUGCACUUGCAUCUCGAACCAGCCACUGCCUCUUCGACGGUGUGUCUAGCCAAGAAUUCCAAGCCAACCUGGCUUCCUUCACGCGCGGCGAAGGUCUCAUCGUCACUCCAAACCUUGAUCGAACGGUCUUCAGUGCACGGAUUCCACCGAAAAUCACCCACAGCCACUUGGAGUAUUCCAAUCUCAUUCAUCCGGAUUCCAUAUUCUCUGCUCCUGGCAUGUGUAGUCAUGCCAUCAAGCAGCCCCGGUCCGACACAACCUGCGUAAUCUACAUGUCGCCGGAGAGAAUUGCCCGCCUGAAGACUGAAGUCCUCGAAGACAACCCACUAAUGAAUUGCACCACAUUCAGUGUCCUUGCAGCAAACAUCUGGAAGGCAAGAACCAUUGCAACAGGGUUACCUGAUGACCGGAUAUCUACCAUGUUGUUCCCCGUGGAUGUACGCAAAAGGGUGGUCCCACACGUGCCAGAUGGGUUCGCAGGCAAUGCAGUCAUACCAGGGUUUGCACGUGCGAGCACGCACGAGCUGAAGACGAGCAGGGCUUCUGUUCUUGUGGGGAAAAUUCAAGAAGGGCUAGAAAGGUUGGAUGAUGGAUAUGUGAAAUCAGGUAUUGAUUGGCUUGAAGUGCAUAAAGGGGUGCCUUGUACGGUUGAUAGCUUCUCAGUGGUGGCUUGGUGGAAGCUUGGAUUGGAGACGGCUCAAUUUGGGUGGGGCCCAGUUAGAUGUGUUACCCUAGCUGAAAUGAAGCCAGGCCUGGUAUUUCUAUUGCCAGGGGAGAAAGAUGAGGGAGGGAUUAAUGUGUGCUUGGAACUACCUUCUGAUCAUAUGAAGGAAUUUUAUAAGCUAAUGAUGGAAGAUUGAUAUAAGGUUAUGGUUUUCAAUGUAUGGUACAACAUCAUUGUAUAUGGUCUGUAAAAUCUAUUAAAGCAUAUGUGAUGAUCAGAGCAAUAAUAUGGUGGGCCAACCUAAUCGAAGUGUCUGUCUUGUUCUAGACGGUUGGGUAAUGCAAAAUUGUUGAGUUUGAGGUUGGAUGACAAGCGAAUUGAAUUGCGAACGUCUGGUUUCGAGUCUGUUUAUGUGGAGACAGAACACCAAGGUAUUCAUGCCCCACUAUUAAUUGCAAGAAGAUGAUAUUCAAGUAGAGGAACUUUAGACUUUGGAACUGGGGUUCAUCUUUUCAAUGAUUCAAAUUGUUUACAUGUUGGGUCUCACAUUGUGUAGCACUUUGAAUUUUGUAGCUUGA